AUGGAGCUGUGCAACUGGUUUUCAAUAACAAAAACAGUCUCUUCUUUAUCUCCCUUACAGAUUUCAUCGCCAUUUGUUUUCAAGUUGCUGCUUCAUCGGCCAAUCUUUAGGUGUGCAAUACUUAUGUUUCAGCAGGAAUUUGCGGAACGUUUAAUUGCCAAGCCUGGUGAUAAGUUGUACUGCAGAUUAAGUGUCAACACUCAGCUGUUGGCCAAAGUUGACCAUCUCAUGAAAGUUAGCAAGAACAACUUCCGACCCCCUCCUAAGGUGGAGUCAUCAGUUGUGAGAAUAGAACCACGAAAUCCAGUGCCAAAGAUCAACUUUUCUGAAUGGGAUGGCCUUCUACGUAUUGCUUUUGUUAGAAAAAACAAAACGCUUUCUGCUGCCUUCAAACAUUCUUCUGUACUGCAGACUUUAGAAAAAAUUUCAAAACUUGGUGUUCACUACAUGAGAAAAAGAUACCUGAAGAUUUUGUUAUGAAGGAAAAAAUUGAAGAUAUUCUGAUUGAUGGAAAGUUUGACAAGAAACGUGCAAGGCAUAUGGAUCAAGAUGACUUCUUAUCAUUGUUACAUGCUUUUAAUAAAGAAGAUAUUCAUUUUGUAUAGCUAUUUAAAUAGUUUUAUAUAGAGGAUAUAUUUUUCUUAUCACUUGUAAGGUCAAUAGUGCAAGGCAGUUUGAAGUAUUUACCAAGUACUAAAUGUAUGGGUCUAGUAGUUUAUUUCCUUAGACUGACUGAGGAAACCUGAAUUGCUCAAAGAACUAGUAAUUUGUAUAAAGAACAAGGUUGACUUUUUUUUUUUUUUUUUUUUCACAUUGGCUGUUUCACACCAAAGUGAUCCAGAGAAGGAAAUAAACCAUCACUCAUUGUUUGGCUGCCUUUCCAGAGUGGUUUGAAAGUAUGUUUUUGAAAGCAAAGGUGUUCAUUGUCAAUGGGACAGCCAUAAGGAUGCACUGUACAGCCUGAUACUGUAACUAAGUGACAAGUUAACAUGUGUGAUAUAUCUUGCUUAUCUCACUAUUUAUGUAGUACCUGUUAUUUCUUAUUUAUUUAGCUACUUUUGUUAUUAAAUUAUAUUUGUGAUGUUCUUUGUGUCUCAUACAAACUUGCUCUUAAAAAAAGAAAAAUACAUAAAAUUCA